GUCCAAGACAUAACUAAUUCUUACUUGUAGUCUUUCUUUUAGCGUUUGUGUUUUGUGUUCACUCUUUAUAUAUUUUUGGUUGAUCAUAAAGUUCUUGUCUUUGGCUACUGGAUCUGCAUCGAGUUCGAGAAACAUGGGGUUUGACGACAAUAACAAGACGAUAGGAGGAGAUGAUAGUGGGGUUAUGAAAACAAAUGAUGAGAAUCAUGAUGGAGGAAAGAGGACAGAAAGGCAGAUGAGUGAGAGUGAGACUUCUUUGUAUGCAACUGAUCACGAGGAGGAAGAUGAUGAGAGCGGAAGUAACAAAAUUCAGCUAGGUCCACAGUACACCCUCAAAGAACAACUUGAAAAAGACAAGGAUGAUGAGAGCUUGAGGAAAUGGAAGGAGCAGCUUCUUGGGAGUGUGGAUUUGAACACCAUUGGAGAAACACUUGAACCAGAUGUGAAAUUUCUUAGCCUGUCAAUCCUCUCUCCUGGCAGACCUGACAUUGUACUUUCUAUUCCUGAGAACGGGAGGCCCAGAGGCUUAUGGUUUACAUUGAAAGAAGGCAGUCCCUAUAACCUGAAAUUCUCCUUCCAAGUCAGCAAUAACAUUGUAUUAGGCCUGAAAUACACCAAUACUGUCUGGAAAACAGGCCUCAAGGUGGACAGCUCGAAAGAAAUGCUGGGAACCUACAGUCCUCAGCCAGAGCCUUACACGCAUAUGAACGCACAAGAGACCACGCCCUCGGGCAUUUUUGCUAGAGGAUCAUACUCAGCAAGGUCAAAGUUUCUUGAUGAUGAUAAAAAGUGCUACUUGGAGAUCAACUACACCUUCGACAUUCGAAAAGAAUGGCCUGCUACUUAAAUGAUCAGCAGCAAUUUU